AUGCGCACCGUGUUCGUCGCGGGGAGCGCCUUCACCCUCGGAGUCCUACUUUCGCCCUGGUUCCAUGCUGACCUGAUCUUCGCAGCUUCUGCAUCUCAAAUCAAACCAACAACGAAAGGGCCGACGAUCAACGACACGCUGUUGCACGUAAUGGUCGACAGCGUGGCCAAGGGGGUCCUCUCCCUGUCCCACCUGCUGGUCCCCUCGGCCCUCUUCGCCGUUCUCUGCCAGCGCAAGGACCUGUUCGCGGGCCACCCGUGGCUCUUCUUAUCUCUGGGCAUCUACAUCGCCGUCGGCGCCGCGACCCUGUUCGCGUCCGCCACUCUGAUGGUUGACUGGGAGUUAUGGGCGGCGCUUCUGGGCUGGGCUACAGCUCUCGUUGUGUAUCGGAGCCUUGCCGUGAUGUUCAAUGCUUCCCACCAACCGGUGGCCUCUGAUCGGCUCGAGAUGGAAAUCAGCCAACGAAAGGCGGCCCAACACCGACUCCAGUCCCGAUACAAGCGGACGGUGGUUGUGAGCAAGGUGACGCGCGAGAUUCGCAAGAGUCUGAAGAUGAAGGACAUCUGCGACGCGACGACCGAGCAGUGCGCGGCGCUCUUCGGCUCCGACGAGUGCCGCGUGUACUGCUGCGAGCGGCCCACCACGGACGAAGGGCUGCAGCAAUCAGCGGGCCGCGACGAGCAGCCGUUCAAGUGCACCCUCCUCAGCGAGUACCGCGCCAACCACGACGCCUUUGAUUCGCAGCACGACGACGACCACGACGCGCUCGACGACGCCGACGCCGUCAAUCGCUGCCGCACGGAAAACGACCUGAAGGAAGCUGAGGACGGAGCUCGACCAGCGCCGGGCCAGCGCGGGCGGAACGACAUGCUCAAGAAGGCGCCUCCCUUACACCUCAUUCCCGGAUUGCUGUUUCAGGCCCGCACGGCCACCGUUCUCGACUUCGCAGCCGCUCCCGUUGGAGAGCUGGCGCCGGAGCUCGUUGACUACUACGCCCGGCGGAGGGUCCAGCGCCUGCUCUGUGUCGCCGUGCCCCAUUCGCACCAGGCCUGCGCCGUUAUCGUGCUGCACCAGCUCCUCCCGCAGGCCUCGUCCGCCAGCAGCAGCCCCGUCAAGCCAUCCCGCAUGUGGGACCACGACGACGCGGCCCUGCUCGAAGAGGUGGGAGCCCAAGAGAGCGACGACGCUGAUGUGAACAUGAACGUGAACCGAUGGGUGGUGGUGGUGAUGCCUGCAGUGGAGAUCGGUCUGGCACACGCCCAUCUGCUAAAAGAGGCGGAAAAGGGCCGAGAGCUGACGACCCGCAACGAGGCCCUCAACAAGGCCAAGGAGGAGGCCGAGGAGGGGCUCCGCGCCAAGUCCGAGUUCCUCGCCGUCGUCUCGCACGAGAUCAGGACGCCGAUGAACGCGAUCUGCGGCAUGACCAAGGUACUCAAGGAGUCGCCCCUGGCGCAGGAGCAGCGGGAGUGCGUGCGGAUCAUCUCGUCGUCGGCCAAGGCCCUGCUGUCGCUGCUCAACAACAUCCUCGACUUCUCCAAGAUCGAGGCCGGCAAGACCGAGAUCCUGGAAUGCCCAUUCGAUGUCCGCAAGUGCACGCUCGGGUUGAUGCAGCUCAUGAGCAACUACACUGCCAAGCGCACCCAGAAGGUGACCCUCGCGACACAUGUCGACUCCCGGGUGCCGCCGGUGGUGAUCGGCGACAAGCCUCACGUGCGACAGGUCCUGGUCAACCUUCUCUCCAACUCUGUUAAAUUCACAGCGCAAGGCAGCAUCGACCUCCGAUACGCUGAGUUGCAGUUCGAGGUGGCGGACACGGGGAUCGGUAUUCCGCAGGAGAAGCAGGACCGGCUGUUCCACGCCUUCUCGCAGGUGGACUCGUCGCCCACGCGGCGCUACGACGGGACCGGCCUCGGGCUGGUCAUCUCCCGCCGGCUGUGCGAGCUCAUGGGCGGCCGCAUGUGGUUCGAGAGCCAGCCCCACAAGGGCUCCACCUUCUACUUCACCAUCCGCGUCAAGGUCCCCCCAGACCACCACCACCUUCACCACAACCUCGAACCCCCGGACGAGGCUCCGCAGCCCAACCCUGAUCGACACCGGGCGUCCACUCCCCCGCACUCAGCGUCAUCGUCGUCAUCAUCGUCAUCAUCACCAUCGUCGUCCUCUAGUUCUUCUUCAACUUCAUCAUCUUCGUCAUCUUCAUUAUCUUCGAUUUCGUGGGAUGCGACGCCGACACGACAGACGACGCCGGGCGAGUCGUCGCGGUCGUCUGCGCUCCCUCCGUUCCCGAUGGCGCCCACGCGACUGAAGCGCUAUUCGCACUCGUUCCCCGCCAGGCUGCGGCCCAUCGUGCCCUGCGCAACCAACGCGGGCGAGGGCACCGGCACCGGCCCCGGCGGCCCGCCUUCUCUGCAGUCCAUUCGACGGCACUCGUACGUGGUCAACGACGGCAGCCUGUCGCCGACCGACAUGCGAGUACUGCUGGUCGAGGACAACCUCGUCAACCAGAAGGUGGCGCUCAAGCUCCUUGCCCGCCUGGGCUACAGCAACGUGCGGGUGGCCAACGACGGCCGGCAGGCGGUCGACAUCAUCGCCGCGAGCGCAAGCGCCACAGGCCAGGCCGGGUACGACGUGGUGAUCAUGGACCUGCACAUGCCCGAGAUGGACGGCAUCACGGCGAGCCGCAUCAUCAAGAGGACGGCGCGAAGUGCGGGUUCGGCUCCGCCCUACAUCAUCGCCUGCACGGCCGACCUCCAGUACGACACCCGGCAGGCCUGCAUCCAGGCCGGGCUCGACGGCUACCUCGAGAAGCCCAUCAAGCUCAAGGACCUCUCCCGGGCCAUGAUGGAGGCCCACGCCGCCGUCUACCCCUAA